AUGAGUGGAAGUAGCCAGAGACCAGCCCAUACAUUACACCAGUCUGUGGCCGCCGUCCCAUUUGUACCUCGAGCCAGUUUCAGGCCUACACAGAGUGUGGCACAUGGCCAUGGCGGCAGCUACAAUGGUCUACCAGUACCAACUCCAUCGAGGCCAUCUAGUUUUGCUGCACCACCAGCUGGAGCCACAGACGUCUUCAGCAAAAUGAGAAGCAUUUCAAUACCCGUGUUUGAUGGUGAUAAGCGUGCCUAUGAGUUAUGGAAGGCCACGUUCCUGGCGUGCGUGGACAGUGCGCCAAUCAGCCCAACCCUGAAGCUGUUGCAGCUACGACAGUAUGUAGCGGGAGAGGCGCUAAGAUGCAUCGAGCGGCUAGGGUACGCCCCGGACUCAUACCACAAGGCAAUGGAACGCCUGGAACGGAAAUUCGGAGGUACGCGGCGCCAAGUGAUGGUGUACUUAGAUGAACUGGAACGAUUCAAGCCAUUGCACGGAGAUCGAGUCAACGCACAAGAUCUGGAACAGUUCUCAGAUUUGUUGGAAGUAGCCGUGACCAACUUGAAAGCAGCGGGUCGCCAAUCGGAGCUAGAGGUGGGCACUCUGUACGCGCGAAUCCAGCAGAAGCUGCCAGAAGACCUGCUGACAAGAUACCAUAGGUGGCUCUAUGAGCAUCAGCGCCCAGAAGGGGUGGAGGCGUUGCUCGAGUGGGUCAAUCUCGAGGCCGACUUUCACAUUACCGCCAAUGAAGCCAUCGCAGGCCUAGCACCUGGUCGCCAUAGACAUGGCCGAGAGCGCCCAGCAGCCCGAGGCCACUCAUUCCAUGCAGCAGAGUCACCCAAUCCGACAGCGUGUCCAGUAUGCUCCCAGGACCAUCAAGUGUGGACAUGCAAAGAGUUCAAGGAAAUGGAUGUGGACAAGCGUUGGAAAGUGGCAAAAACACAUCGGCUCUGCUAUCGCUGUCUGGGCAAGGGCCACCGAGGUGCUGACUGCCAGCGGAAGAGAAAGUGUGGCGUAGACAAGUGCAGCGAUACCCACAACUAUCUGCUUCACAGGGCAGUAGCCAUUGACACGUCUAGAGCCAGCAAUGGCACGGAAAGGGGUCGUACCAGUGAGACAGCCAGAACCACAACCACUGCUAACAUCGGAGCAGGCGCCAGACCGUUGUCACUGAGAACCUUGCCGGUCGUUUUACGAAACGGUGACCGCAACCUCAGGGUGAAUGCGCUGUUGGAUGAUGGGAGCACCCAAAGUUAUGUGAACACAGAGGUAGCGGACCAGCUCAACUUGCAGGGACCCAUGAAACGGGUUUCGAUCAGCACCCUCAACGGAGCAGUGGAGUCUUUCGAGUCGAUGCCAGUGGAUCUGCUGGUAGAGAGUGUAGAUGGCAAGUUCAUCAGUCCGUUCUCAGCCAUCACAACUAGUCACGUCACAGGCACACUGAAACCGUACGAUUGGACCGUCGAGUCAAGUCAGUACCAUCAUCUGCUGGACAUACCCUUCGAACAGCCAGCAACUCGCCAGAUUGAUAUGCUGAUUGGCCUGGAUCAUGCCGAGCUUCACUACUCUCUGGAGGAGGUGAGGGGUGAUCAGGGAGAACCGGUGGCGAGGAGAACCGCGCUAGGUUGGACCUGUGUUGGACCUGUGAGUGGAAGCUCAGAUCAUCACCGCACUCACUUCAGCAGAGUCGAUGACGGUAAUCUGGAGAUGCUGGUCCGGCGUAUGUGGGAGGUGGAAGAGCCUCGCCGACAGAGCCCGCUUGCAGCAAAUGACCGACAAACUCUUGCAGAUGCAGAGGCAGCAACAAAGUACUGCAACGGCAGGUACACCGUCAAGCUGCCUUGGAAGAGAAGCCCGCCAGAGGAGAACGGUAGCUACGAGAUGGCACUGAAGAGACUGCGCUCGACGGAGAAACGUCUCCACAAGGAACCAGAAGUAGCAAAGGAGUACUGCCGUGUACUGCAGCAUCAUGUGAACGCUGGAUACGUGACUGCAGUAAAGCUCGAGUCAACAGGUGGUUGGUACCUCCCGCACUUUCCAGUCACCAGACCAGAUGCAACAACAACUAAAGUGAGGGUGGUCUUUGACGCAUCAGCCAAAUGCAAAGGAGCAAGCCUGAACGACUACCUCCACCCAGGACCGAAGCUGCAGAGAGAGCUACCGCACAUAUUGCUGCGAUUCAGGGCAAAGCCAGUUGCUAUCGUGGCCGAUGUAGCAGAGAUGUACCUCCAGAUCGAGCUGUCUGAAGAUGAUCAGAAAUUUCAUCGUUUUCUGUGGCGGGACUUGGAUGCGUCAAAGGAGCCAGUCGCCUACCAGUACCAACGGGUGGUGUUUGGCGUGAAUUCGUCCCCAUUCCUAGCACAAAUGGUGUCUCAGAAACAUGCUGAGCAGCUAAAAGAAGAUUUCCCACGUGCUGCAGAAGCGGUGUUGAAGUCGACUUUUAUGGAUGACACUAUGGAUUGA